GAGACCACAAUUCUAUUUUCAUUUAUUCAAAUUGAGAAUCAAUUCAUGCCAAAACAUUUUCGACGCACCUAAACCUUCAACUUGGGUAUGUCUAGAUGGCAGAAGUAUAUCCUUCAAUUGCACAAUGUGCAGUUGUAGCUACAGCUUUCAAGAUAUUAUUGUUUCCCGCAUAGUCAGUAUUCUCUCUCUAUGCUUCCCCUCACAAAACCGCCGAUACCCCUCCCACGUCCAAUGGAACUCUCAUCCUGAUUAAUAUUCUAGCAAAUCCACAGACUUUGAGGUUCAUAGAAAUUGGCUCGCGAUCACCAAUAGUUUACCAUUAAAUGAAUGGUAUAUCGAAAAGACUUCAGAAUGGACUCUCGAUUAUCCACCCUUCUUCGCAUAUCUCGAAUUAUUUUUAUCAAAGUUCGCAGAAUGGAUUGACCCAUCGAUGUUGAUGGUCAAAAAUUUGGAAUACAGGAGUUGGCAAACCAUCUACUUUCAACGCGCAAGUGUUAUUGCUACCGAACUAGUUUUGGUAUAUGCGCUUCAUCUGUAAGUGCUUUUGAAUCUUUGCUUAUUAUGGUACUAACAUUAUCAAGCUUUGUGAAAACUGCCCCCACCAAUUUAAAGCGUCCUUCGCAAGCAGCGGCUCUUUCGAUCCUCCUUUCACCUGGUUUACUUAUUAUCGAUCAUAUACACUUCCAGUAUAAUGGUUUCAUGUACGGUCUCCUCAUAUUAUCCUUAGUUAUGGCUAGAAAUGAGGGAACCAAGCUAGCAAGUGGUAUACUAUUCGCAAUAUUGCUUUGCCUCAAACAUAUAUACCUCUAUCUUGCGCCAGCAUAUUUCGUCUUUUUAUUAUCAGGGUACUGUCUUGGGUCCAAGUUUGGACCUAAGCGUCCUUUUGAUAUAAAGUUUUGGAAUGCUAUCAAGCUGGGAGUUAGUAUUGUAGUAGUAUUUGGAGCUGCAUUUGGACCUUUCGUUUAUUUUGGUCAAAUGCCCCAGAUUAUAAGUAGACUUUUUCCCUUUGGAAGAGGUCUUUGUCAUGCUUAUUGGGCUCCAAAUAUUUGGGCUAUGUAUUCCUUUACUGAUCGCGUUUUGAUUUCCGGUAAGUCUUCUUCACCCAAACAGAGUCUCUGGCAGCUGGUAUUUAAGGUUCUGUAAUCUUAACUUGGUAAUUAACAAAUGUACAGUCGCCCCCAAACUCGGCCUCGCGGUUGACCAAACGGCUGUCAAUAGUGUGACUCGUGGUCUUGUUGGAAAUACUUCCUUUGCCGUGUUACCCGAAAUCACCAAAGGCAUGACUUUCGCUUUGACCGCCAUCUUCGAUUUUAUUCCAUUGUUUAAGCUCUACAAGAGUCCUACAUGGGACAACUUCAUCGGAGGUGUAACACUUUGUGCUUAUUCCUCAUUUCUUUUCAGCUGGCAUGUCCACGAAAAAGCAAUUCUUCUGGUCAUCAUACCAUUUAGCCUGAUUGCCUUGAAGGAUCGUCGAUUCCUUGGGGCAUUUCGACCAUUGGCUGUGGCUGGUCAUGUUUCUUUAUUCCCUUUACUUUUCACAGCAGCGGAGUUUCCUAUCAAAAUUGUGUAUACCAUUUUCUGGCUUGUUCUGUUUCUCCUUGCCUUUGAUCGUUUGGCACCAGCGUCAAAGUCAAGAAUAUUCUUACUUGAUAGAUUUAGCACACUCUACAUUACAGUCAGCAUUCCUCUAAUAAUGUAUUGCUCACUGGUACAUCAAGUUAUCUUCGGGAAUAGGUUAGAGUUUUUGCCGUUAAUGUUCACAAGUUCAUACUCGGCAAUUGGAGUUGUGGGAAGCUGGAUAGGAUUUUUGAUAGUAUAUUUUGAAAGUUAAGAGUAGCCAAUGAUACCCAUUUUGUUUCUUAGGAGUCCUGUA